AUGUUAGCCACAAACGAUCGUCAAUUGGCCAAAGAGUCGAGAACUCAGCGGCAGCAGCUGCAGCAACAGCAACGGAUGCUGUACGAAACACGUUUUGGCGUCUAUUUGGCCGCUACUCGAACAAUAAUUUUCGGCGCGCUUUUUCUGCUCACCUUGAGCAUUCAUUUUGAUUCGAUCGCGGCGCGAACUGCGGAUGUGUUGAAAGUGGAGCUGCCGCAUGGCGGAGUCCUGGUCGGCCGUCAUCGUGUCUCGCACAAGGGUAGGCAUAUGCGUGCCUUUAUGGGGGUGCCAUAUGCGUUGCCGCCAGUGGGCGAAUUGCGCUUCAAGCCGCCUGUACCAUAUGGCCCAUGGGUCGGCGAGAGACAAACCAUACAAGAUUCGCCAAAGUGUAUACAACGUGAUCCCUAUCGGCGUGACUUAGAAAUCGAAGGCAGCGAAGAUUGUCUCUACUUGAAUGUGUACACGCCUGAGGAUCUUCCCACCCAUGACCCCCUACCAGUCAUGGUCUAUUUUCACGGCGGUGGCUUUCAAUGCGGUUCCGGCAUCAGCAGCUUUUAUGGUCCAGAAUUUUUACUCGAUCACGAUGUUAUAUUGGUUAUCGGCAACUAUCGCGUCGGUCCACUGGGUUUCCUCAGCACUGAAACGCUGGAUUGUCCAGGUAAUUUCGGAUUAAAAGAUCAAGUGGAGAUCUUACGUUGGGUCCAGAAAAAUAUUGGCGCUUUCGGCGGUGAUCCAAAGUCGGUGACGAUCUUCGGUAAUAGCGCGGGUGGUGCUAGCGUCACAUACCACAUGCUCUCGAACUCGUCCAAAGGCCUCUUCCAAAAAGCCAUUGCACAGUCGGGUACCUACUACAAUCCAUGGGCGCAACCUCAAUAUAAGGGCUUGUCGGCGAGUCGUGCAUGCAAAGUGGCGCAGUUGGUGGGCUGUAAUGCCGAGGCGCAAUGGCCAGAGCUUUUGCAUUGCUUGCGUGGCAAAAGCGCCAAAGAUGUCGUUGCCACACUCUACGAGUUAUUUGAGUGGGAUUAUGAUCCCAUGGUGCCAUUCCAACCGGUGGUAGAGCCUCCACAUGAGGGUGCAUUCCUCACAGUUUGGCCGCGUGAUGUCGGCUUGCCACACGGUUUCGCUUUGCCACUCAUGAUUGGCGCCACUUCAGAGGAGGGUCUGCUCAAAACUGCGCCGUUACUCAAUCUGCCUGGCCUCUUGGAUGAAUAUAAGCAGCAAUUUGAUACAAUUCUACCCAUUGAACUGCAAUACGAUCACCAUCCGCCGGAAGUACGCGAAGAGAUUACGCGUAAGAUUGAAGAAUUCUACUUUAAAGAGGGACACACCUAUGAUAAAUAUAAUCAUCAAAAUUUGACAGACCUCAUCUCUGACGGUUGGUUUAUUGCUGGCAUCGAUGAGUAUAUUCGCCAGCGCGCCGAAGCGGAGAAGUCAUUGAAAAUGCCGCCGUACUAUGUGUAUCUCUUCGAGCAUCGCAGCCCAGCAAGUUUCUCGGAGCUCUUUAAAGGUGGAAGAGAGGACUAUUAUGGUGCUUGUCAUGCCGAGGAGUUGCAAUAUCUAUUUCCAGUAGCAAUGGAGUUGUUCGUCAGCGCCUCGCCCACAAAAAGCGAUAUUGAACUACGCGAAGCUAUUCUGCAGAUGUGGGUGAAUUUCGCCAGAGAAAGCAAUCCAACGCCGGCAAACUCUCCACUCCCACACUGGAGCGCGGCAAAGGGUUAUCCUAUCAAUUAUGCUCGUCUAGGUCAUAAAACACCUGAAGAAUUUACAAUACUACAAAUGGAGCGUAACUUGUAUGGCGAUCGCGUGAACUUCUGGCAUCAACUAAGCCCACACAUUCCAGCCGAAGAGCGCAAAAUAAACCGGAAGGACGAACUCUAAAGGUUACCACUAAAAAUUAAUUUGUAAAAUAAAAAAUUUAAAGCAUAGUAUUUAAGUGUAGUGAUAGUUUUUUUAAAUAACAAGUUUGUUUGUAAAUAUAUAAAAAUAAAAAUCUC